CCCAGUUUCACCAAUGAGACAUUCUCUUAUAUAAAUACAAUGCUAAUCAUCCUCCCAAGGUACUUAACAUUAAUACACUAGUAUUAUCUAAAAUAAACUCCGUACUUAAACUUCCUCAGUUGUCCCUGUAGCUUUUUAAAUGUCUUUUACGACUUGAAUAAUUUUGAAGAGUCCAAGCCAGUGUUUUGCAAAAUGUCCCUAUAAUCUGGAUUUAUCUAAUUAUUCUUUAUAAUUAGAUUCAGGUUAAAAUAUUUUUGCCAAAAAUACUACACAGAUGAUGGCGUGUGCUUGCAUUGUGUUGUAUCAGGAGGCAAUGAUGUCUGCUUGUCUUGUUUUGGGUGAUGUAAAGUUUGAUCACUUGGUUAAGGUGGCUACCAUAUUUCUACUUUGUAGAGAUAUCCUUUUGCACUAUAAUUUUUUUCUCCAUUUAUCCAAAGGUUUUUAACAUCUGUUGAUGAUCUUUGUUUUGUUACACUGGUAUUAGCAGAGUGUUAAUUUUUCUAAUUUUUUCAUUCCUUUUGUAUGCAUCAGAUAGAAUAUUGAAUAUCUGGGUCUUUCUGACACCUAAGCUCAUACUCUUUCUAGUACACAAGCUAUGUUUCUAAUAUAUAAACAAAUUAAGCUAGUCAUCUGAAGCUGCUAGGAAAAGAAAACAUUUCAAUUUCAUCUCUCUUUUGGAGCUCCAUUGUCUUUUAUCUUGGCAAAAAUGAACUCCUUCCAUAGCUUUGAAACCUACUUUAAAAAUCCCAAGACUACAGCACCCACAGAGCUGUUAUUUUUAGGGCUCGCAUGUGAAGGAAUGCAUUUUAAAGAGGUAGAGAAUGUUCAUAUCAAGUUCCCUCUCUCCAUGUCACUGACAUUCUUCCACUUCUUUGGGGGCCCAAUUUUGCUUGACUGAUUUAUUGAUUGAUGAUUUCUUGUGUUUGGUGUGGAGGGGGGAGCAUUAGGAUAAAAAUGUCCAUUUGGGCUUUCUGUUUGUUUUCAGUGGCAAAACUGGCUUGAAGAGUUUAGUGAAGCUACCGCAUUUUUCCCUGAGCCAAGAUCCUGGGAUCCCCUGGGUUGAGGAGAAGGUGGGGACUGCAAAGCAGCCUACAGAGACGUUGAUGCCACCACCUCCAAGGAGAACUUGCAGGCCCAGCUUGUAGUCAUCCCACAUGGGAUGACUAGAGGGAGCAGGGACCCUAUAAGCCUUGCUGGCUGCGAGGACAUGGGAACACAGACAUGGCUGAUCAGAGAGGACACCCAAGACAGAAGCAGUGAUUUUUUCUUUUCUUUCCUAGUAGCUGCUCUCCCUGAAAAUGUCCUUGUUUUAAUGAAAUUAGUGUGACUAGAUUCCUGCGGGAAAACACACAGAGAGAAACCCUAUUCUACCUCUCUUCUUUCUCUUUGUUAUAUUAAGUGGCAACAACUCCUCUAAUCGCUAAUAAAUUCAGGUUUAUAAGUCACAAUAGCAGUGUCAGGGUUAGGCUGUGAGUGUUACAAGCACUUAAAAGGCCCUUCAAACUGAAACAAAAAUAUUCUCUUUGUUUGCCAUCUUUGUACUGUUUAACAUGAGUAUUUCAACAGUCUUUGUUUUCCAAACAUGCAAACAGGAGAGAGUGAUCUGACCCGCAGCAUAUUGACAUGCCAUCUAUCUAUAACCUUGAGAUAAAAAGUAAAGGAAAAAGUCAAAACAGCUCAAACCAAAUACUAAUACAAACAAGUCUUUCUUCACUCUCGACCCCUUCCCCCCAUAUCAAUGGAACAAACUAGCAUCAACACUCAUUGAUGGUGGUGGAUUCACAUGGAUCUAUACUUGUGCAGCUUUAGGGGGACGGGGGAGCCCAAACACAAAGGGGAAAGUUUAAUGUAUUAAUCAACUAAUUCAACGAAUACUUAUUACCGUAUGUAUCUGCUGUGUUGCAGACAGGGUUGUAGAUGUUGCAGAUAUCUCACAUAUUUAAAGGAUGUAGAAGACUUGCAAGGUCUCUGCCCUUGUGAAAUUUAUCUAGUGGUGUUAGAAAAAAAAAUCAGAGAAUAUAACCGACAGUGUUCAGAGGAGAUAGGAAAUAGCAGCUGUACCAGAAAGCAUGAGCUGGUUUCCUGGAUUCUGUAUAUCCAGGAAUGCAACUGCUUCAAAAUCUGGGUCAAACUGUGGAAUGGCUAUUAAAGAUAGAAAGGCAGAAAGAAAAAAAGCAGAGAAUCAGAGAGAAGCUUCUCUUUCCACCACACAUGGGACGGUCCUUUGGGAGUUUUUACCAAAUUGUUCAGAAAGAGUUCAACAUAAUGCUUAUAGGAUGAUGAAUUUUAAAAGAACCAACAGUGACUGCACCUUUGUCCCCUGAUUCAAGGACCCCAAAGGUGGAAUAUCCCAAUGUAACAAGAGUAACUUUCUGAACACCUUUGUUAUGCUAAACUCCGGGCUAGGCAUUUCUGAUUUUGGCUCAUUUAAUCCUCUCAACCAAAUCCCUGGUGAGAUAAACGCUAAUUUUUAUUCCCAUUUCACACAUGAAGAGACAGACCUAGAAAAGUUAAGUAACUUGCCCUUGCUCAAGGACACAAACCUGGUAGAGAGUGGAACCAGAAUCAGGUCAUGGCUCCAUCUGACUCAAAAUUGAUGUCCUAAACCACCAUAUUUACAUUCAUAAAAUUAUCUUGCAUCAUUUUAUUACAGUAAAAAGAAAAAAUGCAUUAAUGUUAAAUAGGAAAAUUAUUCAGAUAGCUUCAGAAACUGACCUGUGUUUUUAAGAUAUUGUCUUGAAACAGACAUCUACAUAUAUCCAAUCAGUCAAAAUUAAAUAACACCAUUUUCUCAAAUGCAUGAAAAAGUAAGAGAUGACUUGUAACUGCCUAAAUAUACCUAAGUUCAAUAUCUCAAAUCAGAAUUAUGAUUCAAGAAAGAAUGGGGAUCAGCAUUUUAUUCAACUGAUAAAUUACUCCUCAAAGUUUAUUUUAUUUUAUAAAUGCAUACGUUUCCAUCAGCAUACUUUAUUUGAAAAUUAGAUUAAUAAUAAAAUAAAGUGCAACUGGUUUAGUGAAAACAAUGCAAAGCUCCAUAAUAAAGUUCAUGCCCAUUUGGGAAUGAAUCCAUAUCAAAAAUCUUUAUCAAAAAGAAUUGUAGUGGAAUUAAACUUUGAAAGGAGGUGAAGGUCUUGCUUUUGCUUGAAAUCAUUUAAAUUAAAUAUGAUGAAAAGUGAUCAGGGUGCUUAUUUUUACUUUGUUUUGUGGGAAAUUGUGCUGGGAAUGUGGAUCUAUUGUACACAAAGGAUGUUGGCUUUAUGCUGGAACCACUAGGCAGGUUGAGAUGAGAAACAAUUAGCUCAGUCAGCAAGCCUUUGAAUCUGAUUAAGCCAGGAAGUGGUCACUCCCCAGGACAGGGCAGAAUGAAGGGAAUCAAGGCAGCAAUCCAAAGCAAGGAAUAAUUUUUUUUUCUCUCUUUCUCUUAAAUAAAUUGUUAUUAGAAUUUAUUGUGUCAAAUUUAUGCCAAGGAUUAUUUGAGUACAUUUCAUCUUUGGUAAAACAAAUAGAAUCUUGUUUCCAAGUAGAUCAACAGUUCAUAUGUGUCGUGGCUACUGUCUCUAAGAAACUUCUAUUUACUGAGGCCUGUCAUACUCCAUGUUUUGGUAACAAAACAUCUUUGAGACCAAGGCCCCCAGCCACCGAGGAAAAUGAAGGGCUUCUAUCAGGCUGCUGGCCGGAUUCUCGUCACUCUGGGGAGCCUCAGCGUCUGCUCUGGAGUUAUUGCUUUCUUCCCUGUCUUUUCUUACAAGCCUUGGUUCACGGGAUGGAGUGUUCGGAUUGCUUGUCCCAUCUGGAAUGGAGCUUUGGCCAUCACAACUGGUGUGCUUCUACUGUUGGCUUACAGAGAGUGGACCCAGAGGUACCUGUGGGAAGCUACUUUCACCUGGAUUCUGAGCAUUAUGGAAUGUCCACUCCAUUUUGCAGUAGCCUUGGAAUCUGCUCUCCUGGGCCCAUAUUGCUUCUAUUCAUUUUCAGGGAUUGCAGGGACUAAUUGCUUUGGAUAUGCAGUUACCUUUCCUUAUCCAUAUGCAAAAUUCCCAUUAGCCUGUGUGGACAUACCACACUACGAAGAGUACCACCUGACACUUCAAGCCCUCGACCUGUGCCUAAGCUUUACCCUGCUCUGUACAUCCUUGACAGUGUUCAUCAAACUUUCUGCAAGACUUAUCCAGAAUGGACACAUAAACUUAAGUUUCAACAAAGGGGGAGCAGGUUCUUGUUCCAUCCUGUAUGCUAAAAUGGAAAGUUUGAUAUGUGAAUAGUUGAUAUUUCUCUGUUAUUUACCACUGUAUCCUAUAUGCUCUUGAUAUGCAGGUCUGGCACAUAAUAGGUACUGAACAAUUGUUUUUGAAUUAAUAAAUGGAAAUAUGUUGACAUUAUAACUGAAGUUAUGGCUGUAGGUAGCACCAGCCAAUUUUUAUGCCAAUCCAAAAUUUUGAAAAUUGUUCAUAGGAACAAGACAAGGGUGCCCACUCUCACUACUUCUAUUCAACUAGUACGGGAA